AUGUCUGCUACUCUAUCGUACCAGCAGCCGCAGAAGGUCCCGAUGAAGCUGGACACCCUGUCGCGGAUCCUCGCCGAGAUAUGCCAGCCAGGUUUCCAGGAGCGCCGGGACGACCAUGUGCUCCGGGAAUUUGUCGACAGCGAGGCCCGCAACUUCACGGGAGAGAGGUUCAACAGGUUCGCCCUGGAGAUGAACCAGAGGAUCAAGACCCCCCCCCCCCCCCCCCCACGCAAUGAUGUGGCGGAGCGCAUGGGCGGGCUGGUGGCCAUCGAGGAGCUGGCGGGGUCCAAGAUGUACAGCGGCUCCCCAGCCCGGCUGGCAGACCUGGUCAAGCUGCUGAUGGAGGUCUUCCAGCCGGCCUCCGACCAGCAGCUCAUGGAGUUUGCCGCGCGGACGCUGGGCCACACAGUGAAGGCCGGCGGGGCGCUGAUGGCGGGGGUGGUGGAGGAGCAGGUCAAGCUGGGCCUGUCCUGGCUGAGCGACCGCGCGGAGUACCACCGCCUGGCCGGCACCCUGGUGCUCCAUGAGCUGGCCAUCGCCGCCCCCGCGGUCUUCAACGUGCACGUCAAGGUGUUUGUGGAGGCGAUCUGGAAUGGCAUCCGCGACCCCAAGCUGCACAUACGUGAGACGGCGGUGGCGGCGCUGCAGGCCUGCCUGGUGCUGAUCGAGAAGCGAGAGACGCGCUACCGCGUGCAGUGGUACUACCGCCUCUUCGAGCAGACCAAGGCCGGCCUGGCCCGCGCCGCGCCUGUGGAGAUCGUGCACGGCUCCCUGCUCGCCCUGGGCGAGCUGGUCCGGCACACCGGCGAGUUCAUGCUGGCGAGGUACCGCGAGGUGUGCGAGACGGUGCUGCGCUUCCGCGACAGCAAGGAGAAACUGAUCCGGCGCGCCAUCAUCACGCUGCUCCCCCGCCUCGCCGCCUUCGCCCCGGAGCGCUUCACCAAGUCGUACCUGGACAGCGCCACCGAGCACCUCCUGGCAGUCCUCGGCUCGCCCGCCGACCGGGGGGCAGGUUUCGCGGCGAUCGCGGAGAUGUCGACGUCGCUGUCCUCGGCGGGCGUGGCCAGCAAGCUGCGACGCGGGGAUUACCUGCGCCCCAUCGCGCUGCACAUCCGCGAUGCGCUGCUCGGCCGGUCCAAGACAAAGGCGCCGUGCUCCGAGGCGCUGCACUGCGCGGGCACGCUGGCGGUGGCGCUGGGCCGGGACUGGCAGCCCUACAUCCCCCUCCUCCUGGAGCCCAUUUGGAAGUCCCUGGUGCACGCGCUGCACCAGAUCACGCGGGCUCUGCCCGACCUGCUCCCGCGUGUGCAGGAGCUGCUGCUGGACCUGCUGUCGCUGGUGCUGGCGCGGCGCACGCACGGCGCGCUGACACCGCCCGCCACCGUGGCGGCGCUGCAGGCCGCGCUGGCAGUGGGCGAGCUGCAGGGCCAGGCGCUGACGCGCAUGGCGCUGCAGACCUUUGCCCAGUUCCGGUUUGCGCCGCACUCGCUGCUGGAGUUCAUCCGCGACCAUGUGGUGCCCUGCCUGGACAACGGCGAGGCGUCCAUCCGCCGCGCGGCGGUGCUGGCGGCCUGCCACGGCGUGGAGGACCACGUGGAGUACGGGCGCCGCGACGGGCGUCGCAUCCACUCCUCCCAGCUCCGCAUCGUGGACAAGAUCGUGCAGCGGCUGCUGACCAGCGCGGUAUCCGACCUGGCGGUCAGCGUGCGCAAGGCGGUGCUGCAGGCCUUUGUCAAGGCGCGCAGCCUGGCCUCCAGCCUGGCCCAGUCCGAGGCGCUGGGCAUCCUGUUCAUCGCGCUGAAUGACGAGUCCAGUGGCGUGCGCUCUCUGACGCUGCAGCUGGCGGGUUCGCUGGGCGCGGUGAACCCGGCCUUCGUCAUGCCCGCGCUACGCCGCCACCUGCUCCAGCUCCUCUCCGAUAUGGAGUGUGCGCCGGACACGCGCCAGCGAGAGGACAGUGCCAAGCUGCUGGGCGUGCUCAUCGGUGCGGCGCCCAAGCUGGUGCUGCCCUACACCUCCCCCAUCCUGGCCUGCCUGGUGACGCAGCUGGGCGCGGACCGGGGCGCGCCCGGGCAUGACCCCGGCGCGGCAGGGCAUGAGGGGCGCCUGCUCUUCGUGCUGAUGACGCUGGGCGAGCUGGCGCGCGUCGCCGGCUCACGCCUGCAACCCGAGGUGGGCAAGGUGCUGCCGCUCAUCAUCGCCGCCAUCCAGGAGGACGGCAGCGCCGCCAAGCGCCUCGUCGCGGUCAACACCCUGGGCCAGGUGGUGGAGAACACGGGGUGCGUGCUGGAGCCAUACCGCAUGUUCCCACAGCUGCUGGGCAUCCUGCUGCGCAUGCUCAAUGAGGGCGGGCCCAUCGUCAAGCGCGAGGUCAUGAAGGUGCUGGGCAUCAUGGGCGCGCUGGACCCGCACAUCCACAAGCUCAACCUGGCGGAGCUGCAGGGGGAGGGCAAGCUGGAGGCGGAGGGCGUCCGCCCCCAGACGCGGGAGCAGGACGCCAUCAACGCGGCCAACCUUCCCGUGGGCGACCAGGGGCUGGACCUGCUGCCCAGCGCGGGUCUGGUCACCAGCUCCGAGGACUACUACCCCACCGUGGCCAUCAACGCGCUGAUGCGCCUGCUACGCAACCCGGGCCUGUCCGCGCUGCACGGCCGCGCGGUGGCCGCGCUGUUCGACAUCAUCAAGUCCAUGGGCUUCAACUUCGUGCUCUACCUGCCCAAGGUCGUGCCCGUGCUGCUCCAGCUCACGCGCGGCGCGGACGACCUGCAGCGCCGCGUCGACAUGGUGCGCGCCCUAACCGACCUGGUCAGCAUCAUGCGCCAGCACAUCUCCCGCUUCCUCAAGGACUUCCUGGACUUGGUGCACGAGUUCUGGAGGGGGGCGCCCGUCAUGCAGCCUUACCUACUCACGCUCCUCGGGGAGCUGUCGCACACGCUGCAGGACGACUUCCACACCUACAUGCCCGACCUGCUGCCCAUGUUUGUCGCGGUGUUCGACGACGCCGAGCGCACCGGCGACUUUGCCAUGAUCAAACCGGCGCUGGAGGCCAUCCGCUCACUGGGCACGGUGCUGGAGAGCAGCCUGCAGCUGCUGCUGCCAGUGCUGGUCCGCCUCAUCACGCCCGGCGCCUCGGCCGCGCCCCUGGCCGUGCAGGAGGAGACGCUGGUGACCAUGCAGGAGGUCCUGCCCAAGAUGCAGCUUGCAGGGUACAGCUCGGCCAUUCUGCACCCGCUGACGCGACUGCUGGACUCCAGCUCUGACGAGCUGCGAGAGCGGGCGCUGGACACCAUCUGCGCCGUGGCCCUGGCCGUCGGCCCCGACUUUGCGGUCUUCGUCCCCGUCAUCAAGAAGGCGGUGGCGCGGCACCGGAUGCCGCCCCACGCCGCCUUCCUGCGCAUCGCCGGCAAGCUGCAGCAGCAGGACCCGCCCUGCAUGUCGGAUGCGGAGGACUGGGAGCACAGCAGCGGCUUCCUGGCCGAGGAGCACCUGGCGCGGUACCUGAACACGCCCGGGCGGUACGCCUACGAGGCCGCCCCCGUCUCCCAGACCUCUGCCGACGAGGGGCUGUACGACACGAUCGGCGGGCAGCGGAAUGGCGGCCGCCACGACGGCGUCGGCAACCUGCGCCGUGCCUGGGAGUCCAGCCAGCGCAGCACCAAGGACGACUGGGCGGAGUGGAUGCGCAACUUCAGCAUCGAGCUGCUGAAGCAGUCGCCCUCCAAGGCGCUGCGUGCCUGCGCCUCCCUUUCCCAGGCCAACCCGGCCAUGGCGCGGGAGCUGUUUGCGGCGGGCUUUGUCUCCUGCUGGUCGGAGCUGGAGGAGAGCCUGCAGGACCAGCUGGUGCGGUCGCUGGAGGCGGCCCUGGCCAGCCCCACCAUUCCCCCCGACAUCGUGACCACGCUGCUCAACCUCGCAGAAUUCAUGGAGCACGAUGAGAAGGCGCUGCCCCUGGACACGCGGACACUGGGCGCCCUGGCCGAGAAGUGCCACGCCUACGCCAAGGCGCUGCACUACAAGGAGCUGGAGUACAACACCUCCCCCUCCACGGCCAUCGAGGCGCUCAUCAGCAUCAAUAACCACCUGCGCCAGCCGGACGCGGCGGUGGGCAUUCUCACAGCGGCGCAGAAGACCAAGGAAAUGACCCUCAAGGAGUCCUGGUAUGAGAAGCUGCAGCGCUGGGAUGAAGCGUUGAGGGCCUACCGCAAGCGCCUGGAGACGACUAAGCCGGGGUCGCCGGAGAACAUCGAGGCGCUGCUGGGGGAGUGCAGGUGCCUGGCGGCGCUGGCGGAGUGGGAGGAGCUGUACUCGGUGUGCCGAAGGGAGUGGCAGAAGAUGGAGCCGCAGACGCGGCGCGAGCUGGCCCCCGUCGCCGCACACGCCGCCUGGCAGCUGGGCGAGUGGAAGUGCAUGGAGGACUACGUGGACGUCAUCAAGCACCAGCAAGCGGGGAGCUCCGAGGGCGCCUUCCUCUCCGCCGUCCUGCACGUGAAGAAGGAGGACUACACCGCGGCCAUGGUCGACGUCGACCAGGCGCGGGAGCUGCUGGGCACGGAGCUGUCGGCGCUGGUGGGCGAGAGCUACGAGCGCGCCUACGGCGACAUGGUGCGUGUGCAACAGCUGACGGAGCUGGAGGACAUCCUGACCUUCAAGCUGGCCGAGCAGGUCACCAAAGGAAACCCCGCCAUCAUGACGCACACCAAGAACUUCACGCAGGCGAUGUGGGCGGGGCGGAUGCAGGGCGUGCAACGCAAUGUGGAGGUCUGGCAGGCGCUGCUCAGCGUGCGUGGCCUGCUGCUGGACAUGCACGAGGACACCGCCACCUGGCUCAAGUUUGCCUCCCUCUGCCGCAAGAGCGGGCGAAGGAGGCAGAGCGAGGCGGCGCUGCAGCGGCUGCUGCAGGACACGCGCGCCUCGGCGCGCGCGCGCGGCCUGGACCGCUUCCACCCCGACAACCGCGAGGCGGACGUGCUCUUCGCCUGGCACAAGCACCAGUGGGCCACGGGGCCGCGCCAGGAGGCCUUCAUGGGCGUGCAGGAGCUGGCGCAGCACCUCGGCGCGGCGCAGGACCUGCGCCGCGGCGCGGGUGGCGAGGACCCGGGCCGCCUGCUCCUGGCCGCCAAGGUGCACAUGAAGCUGGGGCUGUGGCGCCGCGCGCUGACCGAGAACCUGAGCCAGAACUCCAUCUCCUCGGUGCUGGCCAACCUCAAGGCCGCCACCGAGUUCGCGCCGGACUUUGGCAAGAUCUGGCACCACUGGGCCCUGUUCAACGUGGAGGCCAUGGGCUUCUACAGCAAGCACGACCCGUCUGCCGCGCAGCGCUUUGUCGCCCCCGCCAUUAUCGGCUUCUUCCGCUCCAUCGAGCUGGGCCAGGCCCCCCCAGAGACGCAGCGCAUGGGCCAGGCGGUGAGGAGCAGCCUGCAGGACAUCCUGCGCCUGCUGACCCUCUGGUUCCAGCACGGCGCGGCGCCGGACGUGGAGGCCGCGCUGGCCGACGGCUUCUCGCACGUCAACAUCGACACCUGGCUGGUCGUCAUCCCUCAGGUGAUCGCCCGGAUCCACACCAACAGCUACCCCGUGCGGCGCCUGAUCCACUCCCUGCUGGUCAGGAUCGGGCGCUUCCACCCCCAGGCCCUCAUGUACCCUCUGCUGGUGGCCUGCAAGAGCCAGUCGGUGGCGCGCCGGGCCGCCGCCGUCAGUGUCAUGGACAACGUGCGGCAGCACUCUGCCACGCUGGUGGAGCAGGCCCAGCUGGUCAGCCAGGAGCUGAUCCGGAUGGCCGUGCUCUGGCACGAGCAGUGGCACGAGUCCCUGGAGGAGGCGUCCAGGCUGUACUUUGGCGAGUCCAAUGUGGACGGCAUGCUGGACACCCUGCUCCCCCUGCACGAGAUGAUGAAGGAGAAUGGGCCCUCCACCCUCCAGGAGAUUGCCUUUGUCCAGGCGUAUGGGCGCGAGCUGGACGAGGCGUACGAGUGGUGUCUCAAGUUCAAGCAGUCGCGGCGCGAGGCCGAGCUGCACCAGGCCUGGGACCUGUACUACCACGUCUUCCGCAAGAUCAACAAGCAGCUGCCCUCCCUCAGUGUGCUGGAGCUGCAGUACGUCGCUCCUGCGCUGGUCCGGGCCAAGAACCUGGAGCUGGCGGUGCCGGGGACGUACAUCGUGGGCGAGGCCAUGGUCACCAUCGGCAGCUUCCGCUCCCAGCUCCACGUCAUCACCUCCAAGCAGCGCCCGCGCAAGCUGACCAUCCUGGGCAGCGAUGGCGCCGAGUACAUGUUCCUGCUCAAGGGUCACGAGGACCUUCGCCAGGACGAGCGCGUCAUGCAGCUGUUUGGCCUGGUGAACAACAUGCUGGCCAACGACCGGGUGACCGCGGAGCGCGACCUGAGCAUCGCGCGGUACGCGGUCAUCCCCCUGUCCCCCAACUCGGGCCUCAUCGGCUGGGUGCCCAACACCGACACGCUGCACUCGCUGAUCCGAGAGUACCGCGACGCGCGCAAGAUCCCGCUGAACGUGGAGCACCGGCUCAUGCUGGGCAUGGCCCCGGACUACGACCACCUGACCGUCAUCCAGAAGGUGGAGGUGUUCGAGCACUCCCUCAACUCCACCUCCGGCGAGGACCUGCACAAGGUGUUGUGGCUCAAGUCGCGGAGCAGCGAGGCCUGGCUGGACAAGCGCACCAACUACACGCGCUCCACCGCGGUGAUGAGCAUGGUGGGCUACAUCCUGGGUCUGGGGGACCGCCACCCCUCCAACCUCAUGCUGGACAGAUACUCGGGCAAGCUGCUGCACAUCGACUUUGGCGACUGCUUCGAGGCCAGCAUGCAGCGAGAAAAGUUUCCCGAGCGCGUGCCCUUCCGCCUCACCCGCAUGAUGAUCAAGGCCUUUGAGAUCUCCGGCAUCGAGGGCAACUUCAGGGCCACGUGCAACGAGGUGCUGCGUGUACUGCGCAGCGAGAAGGACUCGGUGAUGGCCAUGCUGGAGGCCUUCGUGCACGACCCGCUCAUCAACUGGCGCCUGCUCAACGCCAACGACGGCGCGGCGUUCGAGGCGGCGGCCGCGCCCGACGGCGAGCUGCCACCCUCGCCCCCCAUGCGCGAGUCCUCGCGCCAGGAGGCCCUGGCCUCGGUGCCGGGGGACGCCGCCGAGGCCCUGAACGAGCGUGCGGUGGUGGUCAUGAAGCGGCUGUCGGAGAAGCUGACGGGGCGCGACUCGGGCCAGGACGACCGGGACGCCGACACCGUGUCUCAGCAGGUGCAGCGACUGAUUGCGCAGGCCACCAGCGCCGAGAACCUGUCGGUCAUGUACAUCGGCUGGUGCGCGUUCUGGUAG